AUGUUAUCUCUGAAUAAAUAUUUGCAAAUAUUAGAUUUAGUAAAUACAGGUUUGUUAGACGAUGGUUGUGGAAUUUUAUUCAACGGUCUUAAAUCCAACCAAACAUUGAAACAUCUUUACAUCGAUACAAAUGGUUUAACAGUGAGAAGUGGUCAGAUAAUACGUGUACAUUUCGAACUCGGUUAUAAUCGUUUAGAAACAUUAUAUUUAUCUUGUAACAGAAUGGGAGAUCGAGGAACAGAAGAAAUAGCGGAAGGUCUAAAACAUGAUAAAUAUCUAAAACGUCUUAGUCUUGCAUCGAAUUGUGUUGGUGCUGAUGCUGCAAACGCUUUAGCGAAUGCUCUCUGUAGUCAUCCAUCAUUAGAACAACUGAAUUUAGGCUUUAUGAAAUCAACAAUACUACUCGGUGGUCUUGAUAAUGUUAUUGGUGAUCAAGGAGCAGUGGAAAUCGGUCGUCUAAUUCGUUCAAAUAAUCAUAUUCGUUCUAUUGAUCUAACAUUCAAUGGUAUAUCACAAAAAGGAUUGACUGAAUUGAUAGAUGCUUUGAAUGAAAACAAAACAUUAACAACAUUGAAAGUAUUGCAAUUUGAGCAUGUUCGUAAUAAAAUAAUGAAAGUAGCAAUAGCAUCAAUAUUAAAACGAAAUAAGAUGGAAUGGGGUAAACAAAUACUUGGUAAUGAUCAUACAAAAACAGCACAUGAUUGGAUGAAACUUGGUGAACAAUUAGAUGAACAAAUUAAUUUUCCACAACAUAUCGCGGAAAUUGACAGCUAUUAUAGAACAAAUCAAUAA